CUAGUGCGCAUGCGUCACUCUUAGCGCUGCGUCAGUCUUUCCGCAGUUAAAUCUACGUGGCGUAACACACAGCGGAGUCAGUUUGUCACAUCUAGCUGAGCCACUGCAUUAGCCUUUGAUUUGCCAACACAGCAUCAGUUCAAGAUGGAUCAGGUCAUGCAGUUCGUGGAGCCAAGCAGGCAGUUCGUCAAGGACUCCAUCAGACUCGUGAAGAGAUGCACAAAGCCAGAUAGAAAAGAAUUCCAAAAGAUCGCCAUGGCAACAGCGAUUGGAUUUGCCAUUAUGGGCUUCAUUGGAUUCUUUGUCAAACUCAUCCACAUCCCCAUCAACAACAUCAUUGUUGGUGGUUGAACCAGCUGCAUUAUGAAGCCAAAAAGACCUUUGGCUGCCUGAAACCAUGUUGGAUGAUGGACUGAAUGCAAACAUUUGUAUAAAUCUUGUUUUUUGUUUGUGUUAACAUUUAUAUUUGGCUGUGUUAAUAAAUCAAAGGUUACACUA